CGGCCAUCACUCCCGCCGGCGCCAGGGCCAAGCAGUGGCCAGCCACCGCCACCGGCGCGGCGGCGCGCGCGCUGCCGCUACUCCGCACACAUACCACUCCACUACCCGUCUCGUCUCCCGAAUCCACCGGAGAGCCGAGCCGCUGCCCGCACCACACCACAAUCCCCCGCCGCGUCCGAUCCCAGCUCGGCAACUCGCCUCUCCUCCCGCCGCAGGCCCCCGCGCUCGGGGCGACGGGUCCGUGCUGGCGGCGGUCUCUAUCAGAAGGGCGUGCUGCUCACGGCGUUCCCCGACGCUUGGAAUUGGGCGUGGCUCGUAAGGCACGCUUCCCGCGGUACAAUUGCGACCCCCAAGGCGGUGGCAGAGAGGAGCCUAGCAGCUGCAGCUCAACGAGUUCAGGGGAAUGGCCUCCAGUGGAACCUUUCAGAACCUUCUCCUGGCGCCCCUCCUCUGCCUCGCGCUCGCCUCGUCGGUCGGUGGCGAGGCGUCGUCGUCAAGAAGGUUCUGGAUCGAGAACGAUACCUUCAUGAAGGAUGGGGCGCCGUUCCAGAUCGUCGGCGGGGACGUGCACUACUUCCGCAUUGUUCCUGAGUACUGGAAGGAUCGCCUGUUAAGAGCAAAGGCGCUGGGCUUGAACGCAAUUCAAACAUAUGUACCUUGGAACUUGCAUGAGCCAGAACCACAGAGCUGGGAAUUCAAGGGCUUUGCAGAUAUUGAAUCAUAUCUGAGACUUGCUCAAGAAUUAGAUAUGCUGGUCAUGCUUCGUGUAGGUCCAUACAUUUGUGGAGAAUGGGACUUAGGAGGAUUUCCACCUUGGUUGCUCGCCAUAGAACCUGCCCUUAAACUACGAUCAUCAGAUUCGACCUAUCUUUCCUUGGUGGAGAGAUGGUGGGGUGUACUACUUCCAAAAGUUGCACCAUUAUUGUACAACAAUGGAGGUCCAGUUAUUAUGGUUCAGCCGGUCUGGCAGAUUGAAAAUGAAUUUGGUUCAUUUGGAGAUGACAAGAAUUACCUUCAUUACCUUGUUCAACUGGCCAGAAGAUAUCUUGGGAACAACAUUGUUCUUUAUACAACUGAUGGGGGCGCCAUUGGUAAUUUAAAGAACGGAUCAAUUCCUCAAGAUGAUGUUUUCGCUGCUGUUGAUUUUGGAACUGGGUCCAAUCCAUGGCCCAUAUUCAGAUUACAGAAGAAAUACAACUUACCAGGAAAAUCAGCUCCUUUAAGUUCGGAAUUUUAUACUGGAUGGCUAACACACUGGGGUGAAAGUAUAGCAACAACAGAUGCCGCUAGUACAGCUAAAGCCCUUAAAACAAUUUUGUGCCACAAUGGUUCUGCUGUACUUUAUAUGGCUCAUGGUGGGACCAAUUUUGGGUUUUAUAAUGGUGCAAAUACUGGCCAAGAUGAAUCAGAUUACAAGGCAGACCUCACUUCAUAUGACUAUGAUGCACCGAUUAAGGAGCAUGGAGAUGUACAUAAUUCAAAAUACGAAGCACUGAGAAGGGUAAUACAUAAAUGUACUCGGACUCCUCUUCAUCCACUUCCUUCUGACAUUGAAAAGGCAAAUUACGGGCUUGUGAAGUUACAGAAGGUUGCUUCUUUGUUUGACAUCAUUGAUAAUAUCAGUGAUCCUUUGAAAGGUGCUGUUUCUGAGCAUCCACUGUAUAUGGAACAGAUAGGCCAGAUGUUUGGAUUUCUAUUGUACAUGUCAGAAUACCAAGGGAAACUCCCAUCAAGCAUCCUAUCAAUUCCAAAGGUACAUGACAGAGCUCAGGUGUUCCUGUCAUGCUCAACUGACGGUAUCAGAAACCCAAGAUAUGCUGGUAUAAUUGAAAGAUGGUCUAGUAAAACACUAGAAAUACCAAAUUUAAGAUGUUCUUCUAAUACCAGCCUAUAUAUCCUGGUAGAAAAUAUGGGUCGUGUAAAUUAUGGGCCAUAUAUUUUUGACCGGAAGGGAAUACUAUCUCCUAUUCAAAUAGAUGGCAUCACUCUCCGUCACUGGAAAAUGUAUCCACUUACAUUUAGUUCACUGGAUAACCUUCCAAAACUCCAACUAAUCACUCAAAUGCCUGAUGUUAGAGAUAGUAAAGUGUCCAUUAUUCAUGGUGACUCAGAAAAGAAAUUGCAGGAGUCAUCAUUCUAUUCAAAUGAACCUGAAUUUUAUGAAGGCCAUUUCCAUAUCGACUCGGAGAGUGAGAUAAAGGAUACAUUUAUAUCAUUUCGUGGUUGGAACAAGGGUGUUGCUUUUGUGAACAACUUCAACAUUGGGAGAUUUUGGCCGGCUUGGGGACCACAGUGUGCCCUUUAUGUUCCUGCUCCGAUCCUCAGACCUGGAGACAACACUAUUGUAAUCUUUGAACUGCACGGUCCGAAUCCUGAACUCACAAUCAACUUAGUAACAGAUCCAGAUUUCACAUGCGGUCCAAAUCAGUAAGAACGGUCGCACGUGGUGUGCUGAGCACAGUGCAGCGGAUUCUGUCUCCUUCCUCUCGCUUCUCUUCUCUACGUUGGUGCUCGCGUGCUGCUAUCCAGAAAAGCAAGGUUCCCCUUCGCUUUGCGCCACUCACAGCCAUGAUUAUUAGCAGAGCAAGGUUCAUUCUGUAGAUCCCGCGUUGUAUAUGUUGAUCCACGGUGCACUCAUUGCCCACUGUACCGAACAUUGGAUUCUCAGAGCUGGAGUCACCAUUUUCAGCACAGACGGAAUCAAACACGGUGACCGUUUCAGCAUCUCGUAGUGUGUGUUUCAGACCAUAAAGCUCAUUGGUGAACCAACCCUGCCACUUGAGCCAAUUGGUUUUCUUAAGUUGACAUGAUUAUCUGACCGUAGGAGGAUGAUACUCCUACAAGAUGCCAAUUCGGGUUAAA